UUUUUUUUCAUGCCCUUUUCUCGCUUUCACCCCUGCUCGUAACGCCGCUCAUCUAUCAUCGGGAACAUGGCGUUUGCAGCAAAAUCUUAAAGUCUUGACUUGGCCGUAAAGUAGCGGUCAAAUAACAGUUCCUCUGCGUGUGAAAAGUGUUUAUACAUAUAAUGUCGAAGCAGUCUGCAAUUGAAAACGUCUUUGAUGUCAUCUCGGUAAUCCGGAUCAGCUUUCAAUAAGAGUCACAAGAUUGCACUUCGAAUCGUGGAGAUAGAACACCCGGCUCCUGUAGUUGACAAGAAACCCGGAAAAAUGGUAUCAAAAAGGGUUAAAUACGCACGGUCGCAUCUUUCUCGAAGGAAACACAUUACUUUGCUCGCACGUCCGCAUUGGCGACGUUUACAAAAAAGAAAUGUCAACGAGUUAGAAAAUCCAUUCACUGUGAAACGAGCAGCGUUGAAGUUUCGACCCACAAAACGAAUUAGGAUUAUGGCACAGCCAAAAGUCGUCAAAAAGAAAUACGAUCCUGCAAAAGACAUGUCGCCUUAUCCCAGAAUUCCUCCACAAGUCCUCCUGAGUGCCAAGUCUAGAAAUCGACUUCAAGAUCUAUCUCUUCCUCAGAAAAGCAUAGUGUAUCAUACAAGAAAGCUGUUUCUCGAAAAUAAAGCAAAGCAGGAAAGGAUGAAUAAAUUGUUGAUAAGGAUUCACAAAUCGAAGUACCAAAGGUAUCGACUUAUCUGCAACACUCUCCAUCAGCAAGCAGCCGCUAGGGAGGAGAACUUGAGAAAAGAGUUAAAAAGAGCUUUGAAUAAACCCGGAGACUGGGAGAGACACGAGAAAGUGUUAGAAAGAAUUGCAAAGCCUGUUGCAAGACCCCCUCCACCAACAUCAAUCCUUCAGAAUUUCGAUAAGAAGAGAAUAUAUGAUCCGAAAAAAGUAGAUCAACUAGCACAACCUGUAGUCAGACGAUUUUCGCCAAUGAGGGACCCUUUUAAAGUUCAUCCAGGUGCAUUGAAAUACGAGAUAACUGAUAAGAUUAAAAAUCUUGCAUUUCGAGAACAUCCCCGAGAAUAUAUAACGCCACGUAUUCCUGGAGAAGUCAAGAAAUUUGCUCUGAAGUUCAUUGACAAUGAACGAUACACAUUUCUUGCUACGCCUUUGGUUCGGCCACCUGGAAAAGAAACUGACUUAAAAGAUAAUGCAUUCGACGUAGCUCCCGCAGCAUUAAAAGCCUGGUGCUCACCUAGAUUAAAAAUUUUGGCUAAACCUAAAUCUUAUAGAAAAUAGAAGUCAAUCUUUUAUUGCUUUUCGUAAUCUGUAUUCAGUUUCCU